UCAAUGUUCGAGAGAACAUUCAUUUAUUUGAUGUUUUAUUAUAUUUAUCAUAGUUUAUUAACCCUCUGGUAUAUUGUGAUUGAGGUGUUACUUAGAGAGAGGGGCAAGUCAUGUCUCAAAAUCAUGGCAUGCCAAAUAUCUGGCCCAGCUAUGAUCCAAACACAUAUCCUCCGCAGGGUAACUCUUCUCAACAUGGCAGGAACGGUAUGAUGAUGCAGAACGGUGGAAACAUGCAACGAUACCAGAUGGGAGGGGACAUGCAGCAAGAUCAAACAACAUAUUGGAAUUCGAAUACCCAACCUCAAUAUGAUAUGCCAGCGACAGGUUAUGCGCCCAAUAAUAUCUACACGGCUCCGUCCACCGCACCACAGUAUUAUCAGCCUCAAGUUCAAGUUCAAGUCCAGAUCCCGCAGCCUUCCCAGCAGCAUUAUCCUAUUGAUCAACGUCACCCGCAGCAUCACAUACAAUCCCCUUCAAAAAUACCAAUGGAACAAACCAAUCAUCAGAUGGCACAUACGAAACCUCAGAUUGCGCCACUUAAUUAUCCUCUUCUUAUGGUUUCGCUCGCUGAGGAGUAUUUCGGCGCGGCGCAUGAACUGGCACCCGCAGUAGCGGUUGCCAUGACGGAGGAAAAUGUCCACGAAUAUCACAAACUGAUUACUAUGGGCUUGGAAUGUUUGACUAUUGCCUUGAAACAAUUGAAACUCCCGGCAAGAUUGGAAGCGAAGGUACGACUGCGAAUGGCUGGUGUUAUAUACGAAGAGACAAACAACUAUGCAGAGGCAGAGACCAUGCUUGGUCAAGGUAUAAUACUUUGCGAAAGAGUAUGGCACACAUUUCUAUCCAUGGUUGAAAUUUCUAAUAUCAGAAUAGAAUCACUACUACGAUCUCAAAUAUGUGAUGCAAUUCCUACUCGCUCGAUUAAUGUUCGAGAAGAAUCCGAAAGCAUCAAUGAAGACACUUGACAGUCACAUCUCUGAUGCACAAGCGUAUGCAACUGAUUUCAAAUGUAUUUCCGUGUUUGCUGAUUUAUAUUAGCUAUCAACACAAUUCCUGGAUAUAUGUAUUCCGGUUUCUUCGAGCGUCACACGCCCUGCAAUUAAGGACUUCAACAGACAAUCAUGCAGCUAUUCAAAACCUCAGAAGUAUUUCAUAUCUUGCAAACCAUCAGGGCGAUCGUUCUGUAUACAUUGUUGCAUCUCUUAUGGAAGCUCUUGCCCACCUGAAGUCUUCGGGAGUAGAUGGAAUCGAACAUGUUCAACGAGCGAUUGCGGCGGCGCGAACCUAUCAACUUGACAACAAAAGCAACAUACCUCAGCUUAUCGGCCUUACCCAUAUUCUUGAUGUUAUUUGUAGUAUACUUCGUGGUGAUCCAGCUCAGAUGUUAAGUACUUUGAGGUCAAUGCAGCUUGUUAUGGACGACCUAUUGAAGAAUCCAGCAUGGAGCAUAGAAAAUGACACUCUUGCCAUACCUAUAGACAGUGUUCACAAAGUCAAACACCUUAUCAGUCCAGAUACCCGAAACGUUUUGAGCACCAGGGAGGAUGGACGAGGCCAGAUGGUCAUGUCAUUCUUGAAUAAAAGAGAUGCAUAUGCGUUAACGUUCGUAUUGAAAAACUGUUCAACUCACUCUAUAAAAUAUUAACAUCAUUCUAGUUAUCUACUUUCAGGAAUAGUUUUGAUGCACAAGAAUCCGCUUGAUCAAAAAGCUGUGAGGUUCCUCCAAGAAGGUCUAGGAAGAAUUAAAGGUAAUGGGCAUUCUUUGUUUUAUAAUUCAAAGCUAAAGUUCUUUGCAGCCGAUGAAUCUCGAGCAUACAAAGCUUCCCCAGGUCUAUUAUCCGAAAUUAUUGCCAAACAGCAGUGGCGUGGCCAAAUUCUAUGUUAUUCACACAUAUAUAUGGCAUUCUGUUGCGCUGCUGUGGGAGAUUGGGUACGUGUAAAACAGGCUAUGACUUCUGUGGCAGAUGCUGCAGAGAAGUUUGAAAUUCCCCUAUCUAGACGACUUAGGACUCUCAUAUUUUAUCUCGAAGGUGUCUAUCUCCAAGGAACUGGUGAUUUGAAGGCUGCUUUGAAAAUAUUUCAACAUGAGACGUUCGAAUUAUAUGACUUGCCUUCGGAAGAUCAGGUAGAGCGUGAUGUUGCCAUUCUGGCUGCUCUCAAUGUUCUCUUGAUCUUACAAGAUGAACUUUGGCAAGAUCCAAUCGAAAAUGUUACGCUCAUUUCGAAACUGGAGCCGUACUGCGUCAACCACCCUACCAAAGAUAUUCAGACAGCAUUUUCAAUAAUUCGGGCAACUGUCAAAACAAGCAAUUCUGCUAUGAUUCACGAGACCAAAAAUCACCUUUCUGCGGCUUUAGCUAAGGCAAAGGCAUCGCAUAACACACAAUUUCUAUGUCUCGUCCUCAACGUCAUGUGCAGUAAGUUCUUCAACAACUGCCUAGGUGAGCAAGCGGAAAAGAGCGCAUUGGCUGCACUAAAGCAAGCUAAUCACAGCAAAAAUAAGUUGUGGAUUUCUGUUGCUGAAGGGUUAUUGGCACAAUUCUACGACAUUUCCGGAAAGAGAGUUGAAGCUCAGGCAGCCUUCGAGGACGCUUGUGCUGUAGCGCAUGAAGCUUUACCGGGGCAUUAGCGGUGUUCGGGGCGUUUCUUCAUUUUGUAUCGAUACGGUGUUAUGGAAAAGGUAUAGGUGCUUAAGAGGGAGUCAAUGAAUGGAUGAAUCAACGACAUUGCAUGGCUGGCAUAGGUGGGCGUUUGGCUUGGGAUGACUGGAUGCUCUUGACGCAUAUACCCAUUUGCUUGAUUUCUAUUAUAAUUGGUGCUGAGAUGGUGUUCAAAAGAAGCAUGCGCAUGUUGUAGAAAUAUUACGACCAUCUUCUUAUACAUGAUUGCUUGAUCUACAGUACAAUUAUUUAUGGAAUAGUCAGUACUCUAGCCAUCUUUUUCACAUACUCUAAUGCUCUGGCA